AAACGAUACAACAAAAAAAGAAAUUAAAAAAAAAAAACAGAAAAAAAAAAACAAGAGCAACAACAGAGACAAAAAAAAAGAAUACAGCCAAGGAAGAAGGGAAGUUAUUGAGCCCCAAUGUAAGGAAUUCCUUUGACUUUUCUCCUGUACGCCAGAUAGAUGUGUGGACCACCAUCCUGCACGUAUAACAAUGAACGCUCAGCUGACCAUGGACUCUAUGGGAGAUCUGCAUGGGGUGAGCCAUGAGUCUGUUUCGGCCACCGCUGAUCUGAUGAACAACAGCCCGCACCACCGAGGCUCGGUAACCCACCGGAGCAACCAUCUGUCUGCCCACCCCAGGUCCAUGGGCAUGGCUUCCAUCCUUGACGGCGGAGACUACCACCACCACCACAGACCCCCAGACCAUGCUUUAACCGGACCCCUGCAUCCCACCAUGACCAUGGCUUGUGAGACCCCUCCUGGGAUGAACAUGAGCAGCACCUACACGACGCUGACCCCACUGCAGCCUUUACCCCCCAUAUCCACCGUAUCGGACAAGUUCCCCCACCACCACCAUCACCACCACCAUCACCACCCUCACCAGCGGAUACCUGGCAAUGUAAGUGGCAGCUUCACCCUGAUGAGGGAUGAUAGGGGUCUGACAUCUAUGAACAAUCUCUACACCCCCUACCACAAGGAUGUAACCGGGAUGGGACAAAGCUUAUCCCCAUUAUCUGGAUCUGGUCUUGGCAGCAUCCACAAUGCCCAACAAGGGUUACCCCAUUAUGCUCACCCCAGUGCCACCAUGCCCAGUGAGAAAAUGCUCACCCCCAAUGGGUUUGAAGCCCACCAUCCUGCCAUGCUUUCCAGGCAUGGGGAACAACAUCUUACCCCACCAUCUGCUGGCAUGGUGCCCAUCAACGGAAUCCCUCAUCACCCUCAUGCCCAUUUAAAUGCCCAGAGUCAUGGACAGAUUCUGGGUUCCAGCAGGGAGCAAAAUCCAUCUUCUGUGACUGGAUCACAAGUCAACAAUGGAAGUAAUUCAGGGCAAAUGGAAGAAAUCAAUACCAAAGAAGUAGCUCAGAGAAUCACCACCGAGCUCAAGCGGUACAGCAUCCCCCAGGCGAUAUUUGCCCAGAGGGUGCUGUGCAGGUCACAAGGGACCCUCUCAGAUCUUCUGAGGAACCCCAAACCUUGGAGCAAACUGAAAUCUGGCCGGGAGACCUUCAGGAGAAUGUGGAAAUGGCUUCAGGAGCCUGAAUUCCAGAGAAUGUCAGCACUGAGGCUAGCAGCUUUGGUACCCGCCGAUCCGGUUUUUCAGCACUCUGGACAGUUGUCUGCAGACUCCCUGGUUAAAAUCGGCUAUCCAUCACAAAGCUCCCAGUCUAAUCAUAUGUAUAAUAUGAUAGACCCUGGUCCUUUUAUUUCGUCUCAUUCAAUAACACUAAAUGAUGAUUCAUUUCUGUCAAGACAGAUGCUAAGUGAUAAAGCAUGUAAACGAAAAGAUCAAGAACACAGCAAAGACAGAGGGAACACGCCUAAAAAGCCAAGGUUGGUCUUCACAGACGUACAACGGAGGACACUACAUGCAAUAUUCAAAGAAAACAAGCGCCCAUCCAAAGAAUUGCAAAUAACCAUUUCCCAGCAGCUAGGGUUGGAGCUCAGCACUGUCAGUAAUUUUUUCAUGAAUGCUCGCAGGAGGAGUCUAGAUAAAUGGCAGGAUGAGGGAAGCUCGGGCAGCACAUCAUCUUCGUCAAGCACUUGUACCAAAGCAUGAAGGGAACACAAAAUUCCCCAGAAACUAAACUCUCGGUGAAAAAGCUUUAAAACAAAAGACAUGGACCUCAAAAUUGCAGGUUUAUACUUUAGAACUAUUUGAAAACCAAAAUUAUUUAUAAGAUCCAAAGAAACCAAAGACUAAUUUCUCCUGCAUGGUGACUUUUAUUCUUAGGACAUUUUCCAGGAGAACAACUCGCAAAAAAAUACCAAAAACAAAAUCAAAUAAAAACAAAACAACAAACCAAACUAAAAAAAAUAAAAUAAACAUUGAUAAUGAAACAAAUUCCACUGGCCUUACACCUUCAGCCAUCACCAUUAUCCUCACCGUAAUUUUGCUGUCUGCUGGUUUGGACCAUAGUGAUCUCUUGUUGUUGAAUGGAUUUUUUCUAAUUGGGUUCUUCAUUACCACCACACACUUACCAUGAAGGUGUAUGGUGUAUCAGUACUUUAUACAAACCAGUGGUAAGGGAACUUGGUCAUAACUUGUCUACAGGAUGGGAUGUGGUUAGACCAACCAAUCGUCUUAGUUUAUUGGAACUGAGUGUAUUUUAACUUGUGCUGUAUGAACGUAGCAGUUCCAAUAUUUGACUGUGCAGUUCAAGCUGUUGGCUGGCACCUAGACCUGUGCAUUCUCUUUGUUUGUUAAGGGUUGUAUAUCAAAUACAAACACAACAACCUCUCCCACAAACAAGACAUACAAUACCAAAGAACAUACUUAAUAGAUAAAUCCAGGUGUUUUAUUCCAGUGUUUUUAAUAUUCCAGUGAUAUUUUUACAUAACAUGUAUGAAGAAGUGUAGUUAUAUAUUAUUCUAAUUUCUUACUAAGAAAAAACAUGCAUUGUAAGUGGACUGUUAUUUGUAAGUGAACUUAAAAAUAGUCAUUUCUGAAAAAUCACAACUCUCCGCAAGGGGAAAAAUGUUUGACUUCAGCACAAAAAUCUUUAGAAUUAUAACAUUUAGUUAACAUUGAUUCUCCUAAAUAAUCUUAUUUUAAAUGUUUUAUUUCACAUAUUUUUUUCAGCCAUUCUCAAAUUAUAAUUUCAGAACAAUCAGUCAUUAUUUGGGGAACCAAUGAUUUGCAAAAUUAGUUUAAAUUAAUACAAACUUCAGAAGCUCCCUCCUAACAUUCAAUGCAUUAUUUAAUGUGUUCAAAUCAAUAAUAUUACAGUAUAGACUAGGAUCAUGCAAACUGCUUUCCUCCAUUUGUUGUUGGACAGAAACUCUCAGCAUUCUCAGUAGGCAUUGACUGAUGGCUGAGAUUAUGAGUUGAAGACUAAGAACAGUUGGAGGGCUAAGCAUCGAUCGACCAGGCCAAAUAUUCCUAGCUUAACCUUUUGUCUCUGAUUGCACAUCAACAAACACAAACCUGUUAUUGAUGAAGAUGGGUAAAUAAAUGCAAAUCCUUUUUAGAGAUAUGCCCUGCAUUCUGGACAACAUAUUAAUGCCAUCUCCCCUUUUCAGUCCUCUAUGAAUAAUUAUAUUUGUUUCCCCACAUAGCAAAGUGAGAUGGGAACUGCUCUAAAAUUUCAAGUUUUUGCAAUUAAUCUUUUUGGCCACUAUAUUGAAUUCUGGAUCAAGAGACUCAAUAUUAAAAAAAAGUCCUUUAAAUAGAUAUGUUUUCUGUUGAUGUACCAAAUCUAGUCCAUCUUCCCCUUUACCCACCUAUUUACUAAUUCCUCCAUGCUUCACCUAUAACCACCUAUCGGAACUGCUUGAAGCCAAUAUACAUCCCACAACGCUGAAUUAUUAGUGAAGUAAGAACAGAAUUCUAGUUAACGUUGGGUGAUGGAUUCCAGGUGAAUACAAAAGAGAGAGCCUUGUUUUCACCCAGUAUAUGCUAUUGUAUUAAACGUCACAAUUGUUAGACAUUUAGCAUAACUAAGGCCUCGAUAAGCUUUCCCAAUGAAUCAAUACUGUUGG